GAUAAUUUAUCAUAGUUGACAUCUCCGCCAUUAAUUAGCAAUACAUUACUUCACUAGCAUUUAAAUGUGUGUAGAGAUGGAGAGUUAACACAAAACAAAAAUAUGUGGACUUUCACCGUUUUUAUUAUUCUUGUCGCAAUUUUGAAAGGAUUAUAUGGACAACUGUCUUUUGGUUGUCCUUCAGGCUGGGAACUGAAUGAUAAUAGAUGUUACAAGUUUGCGAAAGAUAAUAAACUGAUUUACGAAGAAGCGGAUGCUGCAUGCUGGGUAGAAGGGGCUACACUUUUACAUAUAGAAGGUUUUAACGAGCAUAAGUAUGUUUCUGAUUGGUUAAUGAAACACGAUCUUAACGACGGUUCCGUAUGGUUUACAAGCGGAUCUUACUAUGAUAACCAGUAUGUGACGUGGGAUGGGGACUCGCAACUUGAUAGUACAGGUUUGAGUUUCUGGGCAGACGGAAAACCUCCGCAGAUGGAUAUUUCGAUGAAAUUCAACACAAUUGCGUAUGUAAGGGCCGGUCCUAAAAUGAAUGGGUAUGGUUGGGAAGUUGUUUCACCUAGCAUUAAUUCAGCUUAUAUAUGUGAAAUGUCCAAAACAGAAGCACAACGAAUGAAAAUAGAAGACAGAGAUUUCUCAUAUGGUCAAGGCAAUAUAGACGACAAGUAUAUAAAGAAAGGCCCAGUGAUGACAGAACAACCUGCAAAUGUAGCUAUAUUCGGGGCGCCCCCAAGUGCAUUCAUUGAAUGUAAAGCAAAGGGAAAUCCAAAUCCGAUAUACUCAUGGACUAGAGAUCAAGGCGAGGCGGUGACAUCAAAGUUAAAUAACAGAUACACGUUGAGCGCGGGAAGGUUCACAAUACAGGAUCCAGAAGAACAAGAAGAUGCCGGCGAGUACCAGUGUAUAGUAGAAAAUAAACUUGGAAAAAUCCUUAGUAACCCCGCAAAAAUUGUAUUUGGAUAUUUACAAGGGUUUUCACCAGUAAAACCAGAAAAUGUUCAGGCGAACAAGUUUGAAGGAUCAAGAAUUAGUUGUUUAGCCCCCGCUGCUUACCCAGCGGCAACUUUUCAGCUGUUUUAUCGGAGUAUAGCAGAACCAAUCUUCAAGGAGAAUGAAAACAUGUUUGUUUCAAGUAGCGGCUAUUUAUAUUUCUCCGAAGUACAGCCUACUGACAGUAGGAAAUAUUUCUGUUCCGUUACCCUAAUUGCCACAUCGGAGUAUGUAACUGCUAUUAACCAACCUCCAAAUGUGCUUAAUGCUGGUGUUUUUGGUAUUAUAGAUUUACAAGGGUUUUCACCAGUAAAACCAGAAAAUGUUCAGGCGAACAAGUUUGAAGGAUCAAGAAUUAGUUGUUUAGCCCCCGCUGCUUACCCAGCGGCAACUUUCAGCUGGUUUUAUCGGAGUAUAGCAGAACCAAUCUUCAAGGAGAAUGAAAACAUGUUUGUUUCAAGUAGCGGCUAUUUAUAUUUCUCCGAAGUACAGCCUACUGACAGUAGGAAAUAUUUCUGUUCCGUUACCCUAAUUGCCACAUCGGAGUAUGUAACUGCUAUUAACCAACCUCCCAGCAGAAUAAGUCUUGGGGUUGAUCUCAUUGUAACUGGAACAGAACACGGGUAUUUCAAGCCUUUUAUCUACACUCACACUUUCCCGUCACCAGCACUACGAGGGUCAGAUAUACGACUGGAGUGUGUUGCCUACGGAUCUUUGCCAUUGAUAUACAGCUGGCGCCGUGAGGAUGGGAGAGAGUUUGAACCUGGAACUACGAUGGAUGACUUAAAUAGAGUUCUUACCAUAAAAUCUUCUGAACUUGAAGCUGAGGGAAAUUAUAUUUGUACAGUAAAUGGUCGAGCCGGUGUCGAGUCAAAAAUGAUUAGUUUAACUAUAGAAACAAAACCAUAUUUCCCGUUUGAUAUUGGAAAUCGUUUAGCAGAUCCAGGACAGACCCUUAAAUGGCGAUGUAAGGCUGUAGCUCGUCCUAAAGCAGUAUAUACCUGGUACAAAAAUGGGGAACUCAUAGAAAAUAUACCAGGAGUUAUUGAAGUUCACAAAAAUAUCCUCAUUAUCAAUGAUGUUGACAUUGAACGUGAUGAGGGAAUGUAUCAAUGCGGAGCUACAAACGUACACGGAACUACAUUCAGCUAUGGACAGCUGAAAGUUUUAUCAUUUAAACCAACAUUUAAACGGCAUCCUCUCCCAUCAGAAAUUCAGAUUCCCCAUGGUGGUAACUAUACUAUACCGUGUAUGGUAGAGGCGGCACCUAUACCAGACGUCGUUUGGAUGAAAAAUGGUGGAAUUUUACCUUUGACCCCCGGUGAAGUCAGCGGCCAUUUUGGCAUGACCUUAGACUUUAGUUUAGUGUUUAAUAUAAUAGAGUUUUCGGAUCAAGGUGUGUACACAUGUAAGGCAUCAAAUAUCAACGGAGAAGCGACAAACUCAACUACAGUGAAAGUUGUCCGUGGUAUCUCCAUCAGUAAAGCACCUAUGGAUGUGAAGGUCAUGGUUAAUAAGACAGCGUUCAUGUUUUGUCAAGCAUCGUAUGACAGUUUACACUUUGACCUAACGUACCAGUGGAAAAAAAACGGUCACGUUAUUAAUUUUACAAUGGAUAAUCAUUUCAUACAGAGUAAGAAGGACGGUUUAGACGGAUUAUAUAUCAGUAAAGCUCAGUUUAAACAUUCUGGCACAUACACGUGUGAGGCUCGUACAACCCUGCAUGUUGACAGUAAGAGUGCCAUACUUUAUGUAGAAGGUCCACCUGGAGCUCCAGCCGGUGUAUAUGUAGAAUCGACUUCUGUUUCUGCCAAUUCUGUCCGCCUGAUUUGGUCUGUAUCAUCGUUUAUGAAUCAUGGCAAUCCAAUAAAUAGGUUUCAUGUGGAGGCUGAAAUGUCUAUUUACCCUGACCAGUGGGAGACCAUAGCAACUGAUAUACCUGAGUACGUAGCCAUGAGUGAAGCUGUUGAUUUCGGAUUACGUGAGGACCAGAGAAGCGCCGUUAUUAAAAACCUACUACCAGAUAUAUCGUAUCGCUUUAGAGUACGUGCUAUCAAUGAUUACGGUAUAGGACAUGAAGCUAGCGACGGUUCUGUGUCUAUUAAAACACCAUCAACAUCGCCGGUUACAAUACCUAGAAAUAUCCGGGGUCUAGACGAGGGAAAAGUUGGUACUUUAAAUAUCAUGUGGGAUCCAUUAGAUAUAUCAGAAUACAGUGGGCCGGGGGUCGGCUAUAACGUUUAUUUCAAAAAGAAAGAUGAUCCGAAAGAAUUUUUUCAUGCGAAAGUUGAAGGACCAAAUUCGACAAUGUAUACACACCUUGUUGGUUUAGAUAACUAUUACCUGGAAUACUCUGUCAAAGUUGGAGCUUUCAAUAAACAUGGUAGUGGUCCAAAUUCUACUCUACAUACGAUCAUGUCUGCAGAGGGCAUGCCUGUAGCGACCGUUUUAAUGGGAGAUUGUGAUAACUACAAUGGUUCAGCUUUUUCCAUGUCAUGGACCCCGAUAGAAGAUACACGAGAAGUUAUCAAGGGCCGCCUAAAGGGAUACAGGGUAAGAUAUUGGCACGAUGACUACCCGGAAUAUGUCACAUGGCGAGAUCUGUACGGUCAACAUGACUCUACUAUAAUUAUUGGUUUGGAGGAUAACACAAAUUAUUGGGCAUCAGUACAAGUUAUGAACUACGCUGGUGUUGGUCCAAUUGGAGAGAUUCGACUAGCUGAAACAUUUCAUUUACCUCCCCAACAGUACCCCCGCCAUAUUGAGGUGUGGCCACACACCCGACACUCUGUCAGAGUCAAAUGGCAAGGUAUAAGUACAACAAGGUGGGACGAAGAAACUCUUCAAGGAUAUAUUAUACGUAUAUGGAAAGUUCAGGAAGAUAUCAGGACAGCUCGAGAUAUUGUGUUAGAUAAAGAUCCAGAGGCUAUAGUAGACAACCUACAAGUUAAAACAGUAUAUGUUAUGAGGGUUCUAGGAUAUAGUAUUGGGGGAGAUGGUGCCCUUAGUCCACAUACUUACUUUACAGUCGAAGGUGGGAAUGUUCCGUUUGAUCCGACGACAACGCGGUUUUGUUUCAACCAUGAAAUGUGUGGUGCUGUUUCUAUGAACUUGUCUAUAGUCCUUUUACUAUCACUUCAACUUUUAUACCUUAUUUUAUGAUGAAAUAUUAUUAAAAAAAACAUGUGUUUUUAAGACUAAACAGUAGCAUAAGAAUGCAGAAUCAAACACCGGAUACAAAAAUGAAAGAAAAUAACAAUCAAGGAAUCUACAGAACUUGGAAUACUGUGUGUACUAUAAAACAUGUUUAUAGAAAUAUUUUAGUGUCAUAUGUAUAUAAUUAUGUUCAUUAUGCUAGUAUGAGAGAGACAAUUUCUGAUUAUAAUUAUUGUUUUGUGUAAUGUGAUAUAAAAGUAUCAGUAAAACUGUCUCUGUAGUUGUAUGAAGCUGUAGAUAAUUUCAGAAAUAACAGUUUAAAAUGUGUGAGAUUUCGAUCGUUAGAUAUUUGAUAAAAUCAAUGUGUUAGACACGACCUGUAUCAACAUGUUGAUGUGCCGUGUAGCAAAUGUUUUACAUAGGUGAAUUUGUUACACUCCGUAUAGUUGCUCCUUGAACACGACUUAUGUGUUAAUGUCUUAUACACGACGGUUAAUGUGUUGUUCACCACAGUUUAUGUGUUUUAUACGACAGUUAAUGUGUUAAACACGACAGUUAAUGUGUAAUACACGACAGUUAAUGUCUUAUACACGACAGUUAAUGUCCUAAACACGACAGCUAAUGUGUUAUACACGACAAAAUAAAAAAAUCUCAAAAGA